UAUUAUCAUGCUUUAAAAUUGCAGAUCGGCACUGCUUAGUUUUCGCAAACUUUUUCAUAAAGAAUAAAACAAAGAAUGGAUAGAUUAAACUUGCCCACCAAGGGCCAAGCACCGUCUAAAAGAAUAAGUAAUUACAGUAUGGCUGCAACCAGAAAGCAGGAGAGAACUGAUACAUCUGAUGAAAUGAGUAUUUCCACUUACAAAGAACAAUUCCAUGCCAGCUCCACCUAUGAUGACAAUAUAAAGCGGCCAGAUGUUGGCUGUGGAUACUGGAAUAUGAAUGAACAGAUAGAUGAAGCAAGUUCCCAGUUAUCAUUGAACGCCAAGCAGCUACUUCAUGAAUCACAGAAACCUUUUAUUAACUUACUUCAUGUUCCUGGUGUAGAUGAAAGAGGGAUUUUGACCAGGUUUAUGUACUACUCUUACAUAACAUGCUCUAGAAGUGUUCACCAUAAAUAUCCAGAUCAAAUGGAAAUGAAAAAGAAAGUCCUUGACGAUGAAAGUUUGCACCAUGCAGUGCAGAAAACUUUGUGCAGCACCGAGCACUCACAUGCCACAGCAGAGGGCCAAGUAAAGCUGGAUCAAUAUUUGGAAAAAACCCUUCACGACAAAGCGGCCACAAUGCUUGCAGACAUGACGGCGACCGUUUCGUCAAAAGCACUCAAAUUUUGUGGCUGGCUAUUCCUGACCUUACUCCGACAGUUGACAUCAUCAGUUCAUUUACAUCCAGCCCAGCUUGAUGCAUUACGGAAGCUAUCUGAGGGUGAUCUUCCAGUGUUGUAUCUUCCACUUCACUACAGUCAUUUCGACUACAUACUUCUUUCACUGAUUUGCUACCACAAUGAAAUACGCUCCCCAUUUGUUGCUAGCGGCAACAACCUUCAUAUUCCAUUGUUCAGUUAUAUUAUGAAGAGAGUAGGUGGAUUCUUCAUAAGAAGGAAAAUUGAUAGCGCUGGAGAAAAAGAUUUAGUUUAUCGAGCUGUACUGUAUUCUUACGUCACUGAACUUUUAAAAGAAAAACAAAGUUUGGAAAUAUUUAUUGAGGGCACAAGGACUAGAAGUGGUUUGCCUAACCAACCAAAGACAGGGUUGCUUGCUGUGGCUGUGGAGGCCGUGGAGAAGUCACAAGUUGAUGAUAUCAUCAUUAUACCAACAUGUAUGAGUUAUGAAAAACUUAUGGAGGGAAAUUUUGACGCAGAACUCAUGGGUCAAACAAAAAUUCCCGAGACUUUCCUUCAUUCCAUCCUUACUAUCGGUAAAAUGUUGUGUGGAUUCUAUGGACAUAUACGAGUGAAUUUUGGCGCUCCUCAGUCACUAAAGAAAACGCUCGCAGAAAUCCGUUCCUCUCCUGCUUGUUUGUCCUCCAAGAGCCAACAAUCUCUUCCAAGAUCUCGAUCCUUGUAUGAGCAAGUCACUAACAAAUCCAUGGAAAAUAAGUUAUCGAGCUCUACCCCUACGUGCGGCGUCGACCUCACUUCCCCCGAUAUCUCGCUGAGCAACGCUCGUCUUCACUACCACACGAUGUCCUCGCCACCAUCCGCCCAACAACUCAUCGAGGUGGAAGAUGCGAGGGAGGAGAGGGAGAGGAGGGAGCUCGUCACGCUGCUCGCUGAGCGUGUCGUUUACAGCAGUACAAAGUGCAAAGCCAUCAUGUCCACGAACCUGGUUGCAUAUUUACUAUUACAUAAGUGGAGAGGCGGUGUUAGCAUGCCGCAGCUUGUUCAUUCAUUCCGCCAGCUUGUUACGGAGCUACUCACGUCAAAAUAUGAUGUUGGUUUUUCUGGCGACUUUAAUGAAGUUGUCCUUCAUGCCGUACACUUGCUUGGUCCACGACUGGUGUCACUUGAUUGCAUUAACUCCUUCCAACCAACACACAGUCGUAGUUCAAGCACUGCCAGUAUAAGUCGACAUAGUGCUGACUCUGGGUAUGAACUGGAGGAAGGCAGUGCUUCUUCUACUCCAGUCAGAGUAUCUGAUUCACCAGUGACACCUGCAUAUAGUGAUGUCACAAUACAAUUAACACCCGACGAGCAAAGUCCCAAGCAUGAGGUUCCAUCCAAUGUAUUACUGACAGGAACGUACAUGAAACUAUCAGAGUCUGGUAUUUAUGAAGAUGAUCAAUUGAUAUCUGUAUCAACACAAGAAGCAGCAGCUGCAGAAUUAAAUCGUAAAGGAAGAAGAAAAUCCAAAAGUGACGUUUGUCUCUUCGUUAAACCAGUGCUUGAGAUACCACAGGUGUUUGAACUUGCUUAUUAUGGUAAUGCAUUGACUCCUAUGUAUGCAAUGGAAUCUAUAGUUGCAUUAGCAGUUGGUGCCACCAUCAAUUUCCACUUCUCUGUACUUGAAAAACAACUUGACGUGUUUGGUAAACACAGCAGUAGUGAAUGUGUGGUGCUUAAUACUAGUGAGGAUUUUCCACACUGUGUGAAAACUUCAUUUCUUCGCUCCUCACUCUUAGAUAAAGUCAUGGAACUUAUCGAUCUUCUGCAGAUUGAUCUUAUUCUGUGCGAUGUGACAGAAAAUUUGGAGUCUGUAGCAAGCAACGCUAUCGAUUCGAUCAUCAGUAGUGGUUGUUUGGAUGCCGACACAUGUGGUGUCAGUGCUGCUACAAGAACUUCACAACUAGCAAAUGAUUUGUGUUUCGAAAAUGAUUUUGAAACAACAGCAGAUCAGUGGCUCAAGGUAAGAAAUCAUUUUUGUUUCAAAAUUUUCAAACAAUUAUAUGUCUAUGCUUGGGUACAGUCUAUUUGACGUUUAAACUAUGUU